AUUCACUUAUUCAUCAGUCAUUGUUGCUGCUUCAUGCAAUGGUGCUUUCUCGUUUCACUUGUCACAUUUGCUUUUAAUUUUUUAGGAAGAUCGUAUGGUGAAUGUCAGCUCGUGUUAAUCGAAAAUAAACAUUGAGCAAAGGAGAAAAAUGCAUUGCAAUGCUUCGAAUUGUGACUAUAAAGUGCUUAUGAAAUUGCGACCAAGUGAAAUAACUAAUGAAAAGCAGCCAGCAUUCUAUCUGAGUCGUCCUAAAAUCCUUACAGUUUACUCUUGUUGGGGGUGUGGCAAUAUUAGUGAAGAUGUACAGCUUCCAUAUUUUAAAGAGCCAAGAGGAAUAUAAAGGAAAGGCUUAAUAAAAUAGAAAAAUAUGUAAUGGACACCGAAGACAACGUUCUGCGGCCGUAUUCAAACGCACCAUCGGCCUCAGGUCAAACACAAUACAAUUCUAAACGUAAAUUGAUUUUAUGUAAACGUGGAGUAUUGACCGACAUCAUGGGUAUACCUUAUCAAGGAAAAGCAUCUGAAUAUAAUAAUGCGACGUUUUAUGUUACCAAAUAUUGUGGUGUGUUCCACAUGAAAGAUGCAGAUGCAAAUGCGAUGCCUGAAUUUGACAAAAAAAACACAUACCAUCGAAAAUUUAUGCAAUUAUGUUUUUCUGAUGAUCCCGAUUCGGAACCUACAACCAAUAUUCCUAUUGAUGACAAUAACAUAAUUUUUUGUAUCAUUAAAAGUUUAUUGAAAGAGUUCGAUCUGAUCUACUCAGCAGAGGUCCAAGGUAUUGUGUCUGACCGUAAGAUUGAAAACACUCAUAAUACGGAAGAAAUUAACGAUCUUCGUUUCAUAUUGACUAAACAAUUGCAAAUAAGUGAUAAAUAUAAAGGAAACAUUUUAAGUAAAUCAAAGUGUUUGCGCUGGUGGUUACAAGCGUAUUUGUCUAAAACUAGCGAUAUAUGUAUAGGACUGAGGGAUCGGAAAGGUAUUGUGCGCACUCCAGUACAAAUCAAGCGAGCUGAGGACCUAGUAAAAAAUUGGAGAUGGAAGCCCCACGUGUGUAUACGUUUUUUGUACUCCAUAUUGAAGUUGAUAGAAAAAACAAUGAUGCAAGUAGAUUGUCCAUAUACAGUCUACGAAUUUGUGUAUGACUCUUUCGCCGGAUGUUUUAAAUACAAAGUCCACGCUGGCAAAUCAAAUCACUCCUUUUUGUCGGAUGAUUACAUCAAAAAAUGUAAAAAGUGCACUUCCCAUUAAUAGCAGUUUACGUAGAAUAUCUAUUAUGUAUAUACAUAUAUCCAGACGAGUGAUAAUUUCUUUGAUUUAUUAGUAGAUUUAUAAACAAACUACCAAAUAAUUAAUAAACUAAAAUAUAAAAUGAAAAAUAUGAUUCUCGAUAAUAAGCUGAUUAUAUUUAUUGGCGGACGUCAUUUAAAUAUGCCAGGGAUACCACCCCAAACAGAAGAUAUUAAUUACAUAGAUGACAAUUAAAAUUAUAAUUUAUUUUUUUUUUUUUUACUUUUUCUUCAUAUAGUUCUUAAACAUCACUUUAAAAUAUGCAAAAGCCGAUGUAAUAAUUAAAAAUAUCUGAAACUGAAAUCUUCCAAUGAAAAGAGACAUGAACUUACCAUUAAAUGCCAGCAAUUUUGUGCAUUUCUUUUUCAAUAAAUAAGCUAAACAAAUUUUAUAUUUAAUAAGUUUGGUUAAUGACAUAAAAUGAGAUCUAUAUUUAUGAAACUUUCAGAAAUUAAAACAAAAUUUUGCAAGAAAUAGUCCUUAGCACUUAUUUUCUAUAAUUAUGUGCUACAGGGAUGUUAAACGAAUAUGACAAAGUAGAAUGACUAAUAACUGUCAAAUGUGAUACAAAGCACAUUCAUUUCAUACUGUCAUUUGCUUUCCGAUUGUGAAUUGAGAAUAUUGGUGUGCGCCUGUUAAUUGUUGUUAUAAUUCUUCGCAUAUCAGAGAAACGAUAGAACUGUGUAUAAAAACCAUAAACGCGUGAGGAAAACCUUAGACGAUUUUUAGUAGCAUACUUGGAACAUCAAAGACAGCGUAGACACCAGAACAAUUUUUUAUACAUACACACUGCGACCGAUUAAAUUUUUUUUUGUAGAUUGCGCACCCACUGGUACAAUGAUUCCGGCAAUUACAUCGAAUGACAAAUUUCACAAUGUUAUUAUUAGUACAGGAAAUAUUCUUAA